AUGAGUGUUAUCACAUCGAGCAUCAUGGUCACUACAUUCUUGAUGUCAUUGCUAUCAUUUACAAUUGAGACUCAAUCUCGUGUUGAUGUUAUUUUUCCUUUGAGGAAGUAUGGUAACAUUGUGCCUGGUGUUGAUGUCACUGAGGCUUUGAAAGAUGCAUGGAAUGAUGCAUGUGCAUCUGUUCGUCCAUGUGCAGUGGUUAUUCCAAAAGGGAUAUUUAAAGUAAGUGAAGCAAAAUUUAAAGGUCCUUGCAAGAGCCCUAUUGAAAUUCGACUUCGAGGAUCAUUGCAGGCUCCAAAACACCCUUAUGGAGAUAGUUGGAUUACUUUUGCAUAUGUUAAUAGAUUGACACUAUCAGGUGGAGGAGUUUUUGAUGGUCAAGGAAGAGCAGGUUGGGAAAAGAAUGAUUGCCAUAAAAAUAUAAAUUGUGCUACGCUUCCUAUAAGUUUAAGGUUCGACUUCAUUACCAAUUCAAUUGUGAAGAGAAUAACAUCACUUGAUAGCAAGAACUUCCAUAUCAACGUCCUAGGUUGCAACAACCUCACAUUUCAUGGUGUUAACAUAAUUGCACCAGAAAAUAGUCCCAACACAGAUGGAAUACACAUUGGUCGAUCAAUUGGGAUCUCAAUAACAAAAUCUAGAAUAGCAACAGGAGAUGAUUGUAUUUCCCUCGGAGAUGGAAGCAAACGAGUAAAAGUCACCAACGUGACAUGUGGACCAGGUCAUGGAAUAAGCAUAGGAAGUCUUGGAAAAUACACUAAUGAAGAACCUGUUGAAGGUGUCAUAAUAAAGAACUGCACCAUAAUGAACACCACUAAUGGUGUUAGGAUCAAAACAUGGCCAGCAUCUCCUGUUUCUGGUACUGCCACCAACAUGCAUUUUUCAGAUAUUAUAAUGGUCAAUGUUAGCAACCCAAUUCUCAUUGACCAAGAGUAUUGCCCAUGGAAUCAAUGCAAUCGCAAGAUUCCAUCAAAGAUUAAAAUUAGUAAAGUGAGCUUUAAGAACAUUAGAGGAAGUUCUGCAACUCCAAUGGCAGUCAAACUUAUUUGUAGUCGCAAACUGCCAUGUGACGAAGUAAAAGUAGCCAAUAUUGAUCUCGUCUACAAUGGAAAAGAAGGUCCCAUUAAAUCUCUGUGUAUGAAUGUGAAACCCAUCAUUUCGGGGAUACAAAAUCCUCAAACCUGUUCAUUACCCUAUUAA